AUGCAGCCCAAUUUAGAUUUUGACGACGGCGGAACAUUCUGUGGUGGGUGGGAAGAUGGCAAGGCUCACGGCCAUGGUAUCUGCACCGGACCGAAGAACCAAGGCGAAUACUGUGGAAGUUGGAACCAUGGCUUCGAAGUUACUGGCAUCUACACCUGGCCCAGCGGCAAUACUUUCGAGGGAACCUGGCAAAAGGGCAAACGAAGCGGCUUGGGCGUCGAAACCAAAGGCCGAUGGACCUACAAAGGCGAGUGGAACGCUGGGUUCAAAGGCCGAUACGGCGUACGUUCUAGCACGACUAGUCGCGCUAAAUUCGAAGGGACCUGGGAAAACGGUCUCCAAGAUGGUUAUGGUACAGAGACCUAUGCCGAUGGUGGCGUUUACCAAGGCCAGUGGAUGGGCGGUAUGCGCCAUGGAUAUGGCGUCCGACAAAGUGUCCCCUACGGUAUUGCUGCUACGGUGAACAAUGAGCUUCGUUCGAACUCACUCACUUCUAUCAACACCGAGAAGAGCAUGGCGAAUCCAGAUGAAGACGACAUCCCCUGGAUACCUUUAGCAAGAAGGCGCCAAAUCCGGCGGAGGAAGAUAGAACGAGAAAAGCAGGAGAACCCGGAACCUGAGAACCUCGAGCAAUCAGAUGAGGACGAUCUGGAUCCAUAUUCCAAAGCUCGUAAAGUUUUCAAAAACCCGGUUAUCAAAGCUCGAACAGCUGAGGAGGCUAAAGACCAGGCAACGAAAAUGGUGUCUCUUUCAAAGGUGAUUAUAUCGAUGCCAGCGAAGAAUAACAUCAAGGCUGAGAUCAAUCCAAAUAAUCCGUGGCAACAAUCAGCGGUGGUGCGAAAACAGGUUUUCUCAAAACCACAAAAGCCGACUUGGGCAGAUGCACCAGAACUCACGCUGCCUUCAAUUCCGAGAGUAUCACUGCCGAACACACCAGCUCCUAUUAAAAAAGCUCUAAAAGUAACAUCAGCGAGGAUAAGAUCUUUGUCUGAACGAGGAAGAAGCGCAACAAGAGGCAAACGUGAAGAAGUUUUGUCAAGAGCUCGUCGAGCACGAGACCUGUCGCUAGAACGAGCUCGAAAUUUUCGAGACAACGCAAAAGGCGGCCUCAUGUCUGGUGUUGAUAAGCUCACGCCAAGAGUUCUUCGUCGAGCUCAUCACUCAGCUCCACCAGCGGUAGCUAAUAGGGCAAAAAGCCAGGAAAGAGAUCGUCUAAAUGGAACUGAUUUGAACCACAUGGGUGCCCGAGGAGGAUUCGUUCUCUCCGUCGGCCACGAACGAGAAGGUGCGAGAAGUAGAGCAGAUCAAUUUAGAGAUGCUGAUUCAGUAUCUCAUUAUGAUGCACGUGGAGGUCGUAGUCAGAAACGUGGUUUCUUCCGAGGAGGGAAACUAAAAAAGGCAUUUACUGGGAUGAAACGAUCACGAAGCACAGCCGGUUCAACUAUAUCAGGAGAAUCUUUCGUCUCCCGGAUUUCGAGUACUAACUCAAUGGCGUCAAUGCGCAGCGGUCAGUCGGGCUAUGAAGGCUACGGUGAAGCGGACUUCGACAUUGAUGACAGCACUCAAGAAUUCUAUUAUGGAGAAUGGAAAAACGACAAACGAAAUGGGUCUGGAAUUUGCGAAAGAACGGACGGAUUCAAGUACGAAGGCCUCUGGCUCAACAACAGACGUCACGGUUACGGGAUAACCACCUUCAAAGACGGCUCUCGUGAAGAAGGAAAAUACAAGCAUAAUCAGUUCUGCGUCGUAAAAAAAUCCAAACUGUCCAUUCGCUCGGGAAAAGCGAAGGAGAAGAUCGAGAGUGCGCUGAAAAUGGCGCGCAAAGCUGCUGAAGUCGCCAAGCAAAAGGCUGAAAUCGCGAUGACAAGGACGCAGCAUGCGGUGGCUAAGGCUAGUCAGGCUGACGAAGUCGCGGAAUUAGCCAAAGACGAGGCGAAGAUUGCCCGUUGCGUGGCGAAAGAAAUGUCUCCGGAAUAUCACCAGCCAGGUCUUGAUUACGCCAAAAACGCACGCGAAUUUAACGGCGAGUACCAAGAGCCUAGGCGCAGCGAAACAUUUCCACAGUCCGGCGACGCUAACUUCCGCGAUGGCAGCUCUUCCCAAAUUUAUGACGAUCAGCAGUCAAUGAAUAGCAGUGAUCAUGGUCAAAGAGUUAUGCCACGAAGGCGGCCUAACAAAUCGCGAGAUCGGCGUGAUGAACGCCGGAAUUCGUAUGCACAGUCUCAACUCUCUGGUGGCAAGUCUCCAUCCUCAAGCUCACUCAAUCGUUACAACCGUCGCGCAAACAAAUACUCGGAGAGCGAAAGACAUCGUGAACCUCCAGAUAGUGAAAUCGCGGAAGACGAUGAUCAAGGAGGAAAUAAUUGGGGCAGUGCGAAUGGCGGAUACUCCCCCUACGAGUCCGAAAUGAAUCAGCUGCAGCCGAGACAAAGACAACGAGCCCAGAUGGAGGAAGAUGUAGAAUUUGGUAAUCAAGGUCCUUCCUCAAUGCAAAAAGCUCCCACGAGAAGGCGAAACCCUGCAUCAGAGUCAUCUACCGUUGGCUCUGAAAUCCAGGGACCAUCCUCUUCGGAAGUCAACCAAAUUGCACAGGAUCUCGACAUGAGCUAUGCUGCCCAAGGUCCUCGCUUUGCGCCAAAAAAGGAAAACUCCUUUACAGAGCAGCCUUUGCAGCCCCUUCAAACGGACACUGAAGCAGACUGGACUCGCUACUUGAUGCUUGUUCUUAUUAUCUUACUGAAUCUAGGAUUCUUAGUUUUGUUCUCACAUUUAUCUUGA